GGAUGCCUGAAUGACUUGCGCACGUUUCAUUUUCCCCCUUUUUACUUCACUACUAGCGAAGCUGCGAGGAAAGAAACGAGGAGCCAGAAGGAGCAACGAAAUAAGCCUGGAAUUGAUCUCGCACGUUGGGGAAAAAAAGGAAAGCAGAGUCCUCCUCCUGUCAUCUCAUGCUCCUCUAGCGUGUUCCCUCACAGAGUGCUGGAGAUAUAAUGGAAACUGAAUGAUGAGGAGUUUGUGGCUGGACGGCAGCUGACAGACUGAACAAUGGCUCAGUUUCCCACGCCCUUCGGAGGGGGGUCGGAUACAUGGGUAAUAUCUGUGGACGAGAGAGCCAAACAUGACCAGCAGUUCCACAGUUUGACCCCCACACCUGCUGGCUUCAUCACAGGUGACCAGGCAAGGAACUUCUUUCUGCAGUCAGGUUUACCUGCCCCCAUCCUCGCCCAGAUAUGGGCCCUAGCCGACAUGAACAACGAUGGGAAGAUGGACAUGCAUGAAUUUUCCAUCGCUAUGAAGCUGAUUAAGUUGAAGCUGCAGGGUCACCCCCUCCCUCCUUCACUGCCCCCCUCCAUGAAGCAGCCACCCCUCUCCAUUCCCCCACAGCCGCCUUUUGGGAUGCCCAGUAUGGGGGCGAUGCCAGGCCUGCCAGCAGUGCCGCCCAUGCCCCUGCCCCCUCUGCCUCCAGGAGUGCCCGGAGUAGGCGUGUCUCCACCUCUAGUAGGAUCAGUGACCCCAGCCGUACCUUCUCUUGCUAACGGAGCACCCGCUAUGAUACAACCCAUGAGCGGAUUCUCGCAUCCAGCUGCUGCUCUCAACAAAACCUCUUCAUUCAAUCGUUCCAGUAUAAAGCUACAGAAGGGCCAGUCAGUCGAGGCACCCAGUGCUCCAGCUGCUCCUCCACCCACUGACUGGGCUGUGCCUCAGUCCUCUCGGCUCAAAUACCGCCAACUCUUCAACAGCCAUGACAAAAUGAUGAGUGGUUAUCUCACAGGUCCACAAGCCAGAACUAUUCUAAUGCAGUCCAGUCUCCCGCAGGCCCAGCUGGCCACCAUCUGGAACCUGUCAGAUAUAGACCAGGACGGAAAGUUGACUGCAGAAGAGUUUAUUCUGGCCAUGCACUUAAUCGACAUGGCAAUGUCCGGUCUGCCUCUUCCUCCGUUGCUGCCCCCUGACCUCAUACCCCCGACAUUCAGGAGAAUGCGUUCUGGUAGUGGAGUGUCUGUGUCUAGUAUGCACUCGACAGAUCUGCGGUCUCAGGAUGAGCCCGAGGAGGAGGAAAAAGAGGCAGAGAAAAAACUUCCAGUCACAUUCGAGGACAAGAAACGAGAGAACUUUGAGCGUGGAAACCUGGAAUUGGAGAAACGUCGACAGGCGUUGCUGGAGCAGCAGAGGAAAGAGCAGGAGCGACUGGCAGCGCUGGAGAAAGAGGAGCAAGAGAGAAAGGAGAGAGAACGACUAGAGCAGGAGAGACGCAGACAGCAGGAGCUGGACAAACAACUAGAGAGACAGAGAGAGCUGGAGCGACAGAGGGAGGAGGAGAGACGCAAGGAGAUCGAGAGAAGAGAGGCUGCUAAGCGAGAGCUGGAGCGUCAGCGGCAGUUAGAGUGGGAGAGAACACGCAGACAGGAGCUGCUCACCCAGAGAAACAGAGAGCAGGAGAACAUCGUCCUGCUCAAAGCACGCAAGAAAACCCUCGAGUUCGAACUGGAGGCUCUGAAUGAUAAGAAGUCACAGUUGGAAGGUAAACUGCAGGACAUUCGUUUCCGUCUCUCGGCCCAGAGGCACGAGAUCGAGAGCACCAAUAAGACGCGAGAGCUCCGCAUUGCUGAGAUCACCAGCCUGCAACAGCAGCUGCAGGAGUCUCAGCAGUGGUUGAGUCGGUUGAUUCCUGACAAACAGUGUCUGAAUGACCAGCUGAAGCAGGUUCAGCAGAACAGUCUGCACAGAGACUCUCUGUCCAAUCUUCAGAGGGCCAUUGAAAUGAAGGAAUCCACCAAACAGCAGCUGAGAGAACAGCUGGACGCUGUGGAGAAGGAGACGCGCUCCAAACUAUUGGAGAUAGACGCCUUCAACACACAACUGAAGUCCUUGGGGCUGUUCUAUCAGACCUACGCUGCUAGGAUGGAGAACCUGCAAUCGGAGCUACUUAUUGAAGAGCAGAGGGGGCGACAGUCAGGGAGCUCUGUGGACGAGGUGCUGUUGGACUGUCUCGCAGCACUGCUGGCCUGUUUGAAGCAUAUACACUUCUACUUCCAGGAGCUGAGAGAAAUCCACAACAAACAACAAAGGCAGAAACAAAAGGAGCUGGAGGCUGACAUCAUCCAGCCAUCGCAUGACAGGAAGUCCACAGAUUUACAAGAGUCUAGGUUGUCAGGGACGGAAGACGGUGUAUCUCCUGCGUGGAGAGAUGAUGGGCUGGGUAAAGCUCCCACUCCUCCUGCACCUCAUGCUUGGAUAAGCCAAGUGAGUGAAGAGGAGAACCACAGCAGAGCCGAAGUACAGGAUAACCUUUCCAAACUCUUCACACAGCAUCCACAAUCGGGAAAACUACAGGCUCCAUCUUCCUGGUCUAUGGCAGAUAAGAUUCCAGUGUCUGGCUUUAAUCAGGAGAAGGUAAAGGUGGUCUACUAUAGAGCGCUGUAUCCCUUUGAAGCCCGCAGUCAUGAUGAAAUCACCAUCCAUCCUGGAGAUAUAGUGAUGGUGAAGGGAGAGUGGGUGGAUGAGUCUCAGACAGGUGAACCCGGAUGGUUAGGAGGAGAGAUUAAAGGGAAAACUGGCUGGUUCCCUGCCAAUUAUGCAGAGAAGAUUCCAGAAUCCGAAGUUCCUCUUAGUUUGAGAGCUAGCGCUGCUUCUAGUUCUGCCCCUAAAUUGGGUUCCCAUAUGUCAUCCGCCCCUUCAGCGACCACAGCCACACCCCUGCAGUCAGUCCCCACAGAGCCUGCAUCGAUAGCCCCGCCCUCCUCGGCCCCUGUGCCUCCAGGCCCCGCCUCCUCCUCUUCAUCAGCGUCCAGUAACUGGGCAGAUUUCAGCACUACAUGGCCAACUAAUUCUGCUGUGGAGAAGCAGGACAACGAUGGAUGGGAUGCGUGGCCGACCCAGCCUACUCAGCCGUCCCUGUCAGUGCCCAGUGGAGGGCAAAUCAGACAGCGCUCAGCUUUCACCCCAGCCACACUUUCCGGCUCUUCACCCUCACCUGUGCUCGGCCAGGGUGAAAAAGUAGAGGGUCUGCAGGCACAAGCUUUGUAUCCAUGGAGAGCCAAGAAAGACAAUCACCUAAACUUUAACAAGAAUGAUGUGAUCACCGUCCUGGAGCAGCAGGAUAUGUGGUGGUUUGGGGAAGUGCAAGGGCAGAGAGGAUGGUUCCCCAAAUCUUACGUCAAACUCAUCUCUGGCCCCGUCCGGAAAUCUAUGAGUAUUGAAUCUGGCUCUUCAGACAGCCCUCCCAGUGUUAAGAGACCCAGCCCAUCUCCAAACAAACCCACUGAUCUGGGAGAAGAGUAUGUGGCCAUGUAUACGUACGAAAGCAGUGAGCAGGGGGACUUGACCUUCCAGCAAGGUGAUGUCAUCACUGUCACAAAGAAAGAAGGUGAUUGGUGGACCGGCACUGUGGGCGGGAAGACCGGAGUCUUCCCUUCAAAUUAUGUCAAGCCUAAGGAAUCCGAGGGUUUGGGAUCUGCUGGAAAAACAGGAAGUUUAGGGAAGAAACCAGAGAUUGCUCAGGUGAUCGCUCCUUACACGGCCACCGGGGCAGAGCAGCUCACUUUAGCACCAGGCCAACUCAUUCUCAUUCGCAAGAAAAACCCCGGAGGAUGGUGGGAAGGAGAACUUCAGGCAAGAGGAAAGAAGCGCCAGAUUGGCUGGUUUCCAGCUAAUUAUGUAAAAUUAUUGAGCCCCAGCACCAGUAAGACCACACCCACAGAGCCCAACCCACCCAAACUGCCAACACCCAAUGCAGUGUGCCAGGUGAUUGGCAUGUAUGAUUACACGGCUCAGAACGAUGAUGAGCUGCCUUUCGGGAAGGGCCAAAUCAUCAAUGUUUUGAGCAGAGAGGAUCCUGAUUGGUGGAAGGGAGAGCUGAACGGUUCCAUUGGCCUUUUCCCAUCAAACUACGUUAAGCUGACCACCGACACAGACCCCAGCCAACAAUGGUGUGCUGACCUCCACCUGCUCGACAUGCUGACCCCAGUGGAACGGAAGAGGCAGGGUUACAUACAUGAACUUAUUGUUACAGAGGAGAACUAUGUAAAUGACCUGCAGCUAGUCACUGAGACGUUCCAGAAGCCUUUGCUGGAGUCGGAAUUGUUGACUGAGAAGGAGGUGGCUAUGAUCUUUGUCAACUGGAAAGAGCUGAUCAUGUGCAACAUUAAACUGCUCAAGGCGUUGCGGGUGAGGAAGAAGAUGUCGGGCGAGCGCAUGCCGGUGAAGAUGAUUGGUGACAUCCUGACUGCUCAGCUCCCUCACAUGCAGCCGUACAUCCGCUUCUGCAGCUGCCAGCUCAACGGCGCCACCCUCAUUCAGCAGAAAACUGACGAGGUGCCCGAAUUUAAAGAGUUUGUCAAGCGGUUGGCGAUGGACCCUCGUUGUAAGGGAAUGCCCUUGUCCAGCUUCCUCCUCAAACCCAUGCAGAGAGUCACCCGAUACCCCCUCAUCAUCAAAAAUAUAUUAGAGAACACUCCAGAAAGCCACCCGGACCACAGUCACCUGCGUCUGGCUCUGGAGAAGGCUGAGGAGCUGUGCUCACAGGUCAACGAAGGCGUGCGAGAGAAAGAAAACUCGGACAGGCUGGAGUGGAUCCAGGCACACGUGCAGUGUGAGGGGCUGUCAGAGCAACUUGUGUUCAACUCGGUUACAAAUUGUCUGGGCCCUCGGAAGUUUCUGCACAGUGGAAAACUCUACAAAGCCAAAAGCAACAAGGAGCUUUACGGCUUCCUGUUUAACGAUUUCCUGCUCCUCACGCAGAUCAUCAAACCCCUGGGCUCGUCUGGAACUGACAAAGUCUUCAGUGCGAAAUCCCACCUGCAGUAUCGCAUGUACAAAACGCCCAUCUUUCUCAAUGAGGUGCUGGUGAAGCUCCCCACUGAUCCUUCCGGCGAUGAACCCAUAUUCCACAUAUCUCACAUCGACAGAGUCUACACCAUACGGGCUGAGAGCAUCAACGAGAGGACGGCUUGGGUGCAGAAGAUCAAAGCCGCUUCUGAGCUCUUCAUUGAAACGGAGAAGAAGAAGAGAGAGAAAGCCUACUUGGUGAGGUCUCAGAGGGCCACUGGUAUCGGGCGGCUAAUGGUGAACAUUGUUGAAGGCAUUGAGCUGAAGCCCUGCCGCUCGAAUGGGAAGAGUAACCCGUACUGUGAGGUGACGAUGGGCUCUCAGUGUCACGUCACUAAGACGCUGCAGGACACUCUCAACCCGAAAUGGAACUCAAACUGCCAGUUCUUCAUCAAAGACCUGGAGCAGGACGUGCUGUGUGUCACUGUGUUUGAGAGGGAUCAGUUCUCCCCGGACGAUUUCUUGGGCAGGACGGAGAUUCGGCUGGCCGACAUCAAGAAGGACCAGGGCUCUAAGGGACCCAUCACCAAGCGUCUGCUUUUACACGAAGUCCCUACGGGAGAGAUUGUGGUGCGACUGGACCUUCAGCUCUUUGACGAACCCUGACCCACGUCGUUUGAUCCGACCCCCCCUAUCCGCUACCCCUCCAUGGUGAAAGCCCACCAGCCUAACGUGACAGUCCCACUCCACCCAGCAUCAUGAAUCCCAGAGUGUGAAUGUGUGAGUCUACAAAAUGCUGUAACGGUCUCAAUCAGUGAUCCCCGUUGGAUUUUUAUCGUUCCUCGACACCUUUUGAAGACGAGCCAAGUGUGUGAGUGUAAAAUGAAGGAUGUACUGUAGAGGGAACCUUUCUCGAAGUUCUCUAAUGAUGUGAAGGAUGUCUCAGGAUGCUGUGUAAGUCUUAAAGAGUCAAACGGUGGUUGUGUUUAACACUCCUAAUGACCCGGGAACAGUAGUGCCAUUUGAAACAACGUUCUUGUAGGUUUUCGUUUAGAACACACAGAAUCAUUCUAAAAUGAUGACACGUUCCAGAUGAUGUGCCAUUCCGGGUGAAUCUCAUGAAACCUUAUUUGCAUAAUUUAAAAGAUAUGUAUAAUUCUUAUAACUGUAAUGCGAGGGGGGGGGGAAAGCUAAUAUAUUAUUAAAUUGUUACAUAUUUAUACACGAUGGAAAUAUUUGUUGUACUGCUUUUAAUUUAUGCAGGUUUUCUUUUUAAAAAAAAUCGUUGUAAUAAAAAAAAAUGACUCUAUUGCAGUAAUGAGAGUCAUAAAAUAUGACGGUCCUGAUAGGUCGUAUUUAAAUGCAAAAUACUAGUAUUUUGGUGUGACCUGGACAUGUUUUUGUGAGAUUCACCUUGAUAGUUUUACUGGCUGUUUAACGUUUUAUUCCAUAAUUACAGUCAUUAACACUAAAAACUAAAACCAGGAUUUGCUGGCAAACCUCUAUAGUGUCAACCGACUCGUUUAUUUGUUUUCUGUUUUUACUGAAAGAUAUUCGGCGACCGUUCAACAACUGAAUGUAGUCGAGAUGUUUUUUUUUUUUUUUUUUUGAGGGUUCAUUAAAUGUGAGCAUGUUCAGGGAAAUUUUCAGCAAGUCUCGAAAAGAUGCGGCCACAAAUGCUCCAUGUAAAGACUCUUGAUAUAAACGAAAUUAAUUAUGGUGAGGGACAUUGUUAUAUUUGUUUUUCAGCAUCUUUUGUUACGUGGGUUUUGUUUUAUUUUAUUUUUUUUGUUCUUGAGAAUGGGACACGUCUCGGAGGCCAGCUGAAAUAUCAUAGCAGCUUUUCAAAGGUGAUCAGAAGCAUUUCCAAGCCAAACAAAUUUAACUAAAUAAUUAAUUUACAAGAAAAAAAAACACAUUUGUCCCAAAAAAGGACGUUCCCUGAUGUUUUUAGUUUUAAUUGUGGUACAUCACAAAGUAAAACUAUUUUAUAUAUAUAUAUAUAUAUAUAUAUAUAUAUAUAUAUAUAUAUAUAUAUAUAUAUAUAGUGCUAUAUUUAAGUUUGCGUCACUAAUAAGUUCAGUUUGUUUUUGAUUUAUGUAUUUUUUUUAAUUGUUGUGCUGUUGUUAGGCAUUAGUGAUCAACACUGUAGUCAUGUCAUAUUUGUAAAAAAAAAGUUCAUAUUUUGUAACUGUUCUUAUUUGCUUUUUUGUUGUUUAUUUUCAGAAAAAUAGCAGGACUGUUUGUAGCGUUAAAGGGUUUGGCAAGUAGAAACGAUGUUGAAACGAUGCACCAGUGAGCAAAAGGGAUCGAUCUUCACCGGUAUCUGCUGCAAAUGUGUCCAGUUCUUCAGAUAUGUCAUAGUAAAAGCCCACUGUUUUUUCACGGAUGAUGAAAUGUUUUAGAAUUCGCGUCUGUCUUAUUAUUUUGCCCUCGGUUAUCGCACUACUGAACCUGAGAAAGGUGCCAUUUUCUUUUGGACUGUAGCGGGGGAUCGGUUUUGUUCAUUUGUGUGUUUUCCUGUCUUAGAUGCAAUACACACAUUAAUAUUCCACUGCUGUGCUAGUGAGAUGCCAGAGUGAUCAAGGAAAACAGCUAUUGUGGGGCCAGCAAGUUAUUCCACUUGGUUUUUCUAUGUGUGUGUGUGUGUGUGUGUGUGUGUGCGCCUAUAUAAGAGAAAGAGUGAUUCUUAGUGCUUCGAAUGCUUUCUGCUGGGUCACUUUCCCCAAACCUCAUCUCAAAGAAUAUUCCAGACAAUGCAAGGGGUCUUUCCUUUCCUCCUCUCUUCCUCUCCUUCCCUCUCCUCUCAUCACGCACACUGUACAUUUCAGACCAGAAGACUUGCCCGUACCUCCAUUAGUUUUUUAAUGAGCAAAGCCCCAUUGACUGAACAGUAAUAUAUGUGUCUAUGUUUAAAACUUUGAAUGGAGUAUAAUAUAUUACAAACCGAGAAGUAAAUAUGUUGAUGACAGCGUAUUGUUAUCAAUGUAGAAGCAGUGUGUUGUCUUAAUGUUGCAAAUAAAACUCAGUUGGACCAA